UGGCUGAAGCUCAGAAAGCACCUUGUGUAGAACGUUUGUUCUCGGCGGCCAAAUCGAAAACACGCGAGCAAUGGACACAUGCAGUUUCCAGAUUUUCCGCCGCCGUCGUUGCUCGGCGAGUUGUCGAACGAGACCAGGGAGUUCAGGUCGGAGGAGAUCUUCGCAAUUGAGUUGGCAGACGUUGAGCUGUCCACUGAUCCAGUCGCCGUGUUCUGCCAGAUCCGGAUCAGCAACCAGGAUGGAAUGACACGGACCGUCACCAAGAGUUGGAAAGAUCUUGUUAGUUUCCUCGCGAAGUUCUGCCGCGAGCUUGGCGCCAGCGGCAUACCUUGGGACACAGACGACCUUGCAGCGGCGCAGGACGAGGUCUUCCAGCGAACGCUACAGAGGAGCCUGGACUCCCUGCUGGAGAACCCAGAACUCCUCAAGCGUCCAGCCUGCAUCGACUUCUUCCACCUCGGCUCCGAAUACCAGGCCAGACGCAACAGCCGAGCAGAGGGCCCGUCGCAGCCGCAUCCGCAGAGGGAGCGCGUCGAGCGCUUGCUGGAUGACGUCUACGAGCCGCUGCGACAGAGGCACGCACGCGAACGGUGCGACCUGGAGAGGCGAGGGCACUCCGCCACGUCGUCACGGGCCGCCGAAUGGCACAGGCAGGAAGUCUACCUCGACGAGGACCAGCUCGCCCGCGCGCGGGCGGCCAGUCGCCAGCACCUCCUCGGGAGGCACGUCGAGUGGCUUACAGGGCCAAGGCCUCUGCCCGAUGAAGCGCUGAGGGACCUGGUGCACGUGCAGCACCUGUUGGACCUGGACCUUGAGGACCUUCGCUUGCCCGACGGUGCGAAGCGGAGCAGGGACAGGUUCAGCGGCCAGUCUGGUGACGUCAGCGAGCAGAUGAUCCUCGAUGCGACCCGCAGUGUUUUUGUGAUAGAUCGGAAGACAUUCUGCUUCUCGACGGUGUUCGAAGAGCACGGAGCGAAUCCAGACGAGGCACAGGUGCUCAAGCGACUGUUCUCGGAGGCGCUGGUCGAGUCAGUUGAGCAGUGCUUGGGCCGUGGAGGCCAGGCGCCACCGAUGCUGCUCCGGGCCGUGAGCACGGCAAUGUCGCAGGCUGGCCUGGCACACGUCGAGUGUGCUGACCCCCGUGGGCAGCAGCUGGUAGUGAGCGGGGGUGACCAGUCGGUUCGCUAUGAGCUUCAGUCCCGCGCGGACGGCGCGUGGGACCUGGAGAUGUCGGUGCGAAAGUCGGGUUUCAGGCACUUUAUCAUGUGCUGCCCGAGCGGCUGCAGCGCAGGGGACGGCGAGGCCGACGCACACGUUGGCGAUGCCCCGCAGGCCUGUGGCCAGGGCUCCUUCGUGAGCAAGAGCUGCAGGGUGCGCUUCCGAGCCCUGGCCACCAGCCCUGCGGUGGAGGCGGAUGUGCUCGAGGUGUCUAGGCAGACCGCAGUCCUCGACGAUCGUGGCAGGCCUUUGGGGGCACCUCGCCGGCACGAGGCUGUCUGCAGCCAGGGCCCCCUGCGCGCCCUGGCGGCGGUGACCACACGCCUCUGCGCGCUGCCCGCGGGCGGGCGGUGACGGGACGGAGAGCGGUCGCGGCCGCGGCUGCGGUCUGAGACUCGGGCGCCCGUGGGAGCGGGCGGGCCAGCGGGAGCUUCCCCGUGGCAAGGCCGAGGAGCUCCUGCAGUUUGGCGGGCGAAGAACGGCAUCAGACAAAUUGGUCCGUCACCGGGGGCGCCUGUGCCAGGGCGGCUGUGAAGCCUCUACCCUGACGUGCCACCACAGGGGCAUCAGCUCUCCGGCCGCCCUCCCCGACGGCAAGAGGGCUUCUUCUAGACCGCUCUUCGCCCGUUCAGCAGUGAGGAAGCAUGUUUUGCCCUCCUCCCGCGCCCCCGCUCGUCUCUCCACGCUUGCUGCUCCCGCCGUCUCCCUGUAUCCCAGCCGGAGCGGUGCGCUCCGCACGGGGCGAGGCCCGUGCCGCGGGGAA